CAGCGGCUCUGCAAGUGCAAGUCCGGGUCCUCGAGGCGCAAACCGAGUGGCCUGCCCGUGCCCAACCACCCUGUGACCCUCGAUCCGGCUUCCGGAGCCGCAAAGCGCACAGAAAGGAGGCGCCGAGGCAGGAUCCAGGAUGGCGAGUCAACUCUCCCCAAGGAUUUGGGCAGGGUGCUAGGCUCACUGACCCUGAAAGAGCAGAAGGUCUGGACCCCCACCCCUUGCACCUCCCUCACACCGCUUUUCUUGUGGACAUCACCAUGGCAGCCCAGAAUGGAAAUACCAGUUUUGCACCCAACUUUAAUCCACCCCAAGACCAUGCCUCCUCCCUCUCCUUUAACUUCAGUUAUGGUGAUUACGACCUCCCUAUGGAUGAGGAUGAGGACAUGACCAAGACCAGGACCUUCUUCGCAGCCAAGAUCGUCAUUGGCAUUGCACUGGCAGGCAUCAUGCUGGUCUGCGGCAUUGGUAACUUUGUCUUUAUCGCUGCCCUCACCCGCUAUAAGAAGUUGCGCAACCUCACCAAUCUGCUCAUUGCCAAUCUGGCCAUCUCUGACUUCCUAGUGGCCAUCAUCUGCUGCCCCUUUGAGAUGGACUAUUACGUGGUAAGGCAGCUCUCUUGGGAGCAUGGCCACGUGCUCUGUGCCUCCGUCAACUACCUGCGCACUGUCUCCCUCUACGUCUCCACCAAUGCCUUGCUGGCCAUCGCCAUUGACAGAUAUCUCGCCAUUGUUCACCCCCUGAAACCACGGAUGAAUUAUCAAACAGCCUCCUUCCUGAUCGCCUUGGUCUGGAUGGUGUCCAUUCUCAUUGCCAUCCCAUCAGCCUACUUUGCAACAGAAACCGUGCUCUUUAUUGUCAAGAGCCAGGAGAAGAUCUUCUGUGGCCAGAUCUGGCCCGUGGAUCAGCAGCUCUACUACAAGUCCUACUUCCUCUUCAUCUUUGGCGUUGAGUUUGUGGGCCCCGUGGUCACCAUGACCCUGUGCUAUGCCAGGAUCUCCCAGGAGCUCUGGUUCAAGGCAGUCCCUGGGUUCCAGACGGAGCAGAUUCGCAAGCGGCUGCGCUGCCGCAGGAAGACGGUCCUGGUGCUCAUGUGCAUCCUCACAGCCUAUGUACUGUGCUGGGCACCCUUCUACGGUUUCACCAUCGUUCGUGACUUCUUCCCCACCGUGUUCGUGAAGGAAAAGCACUACCUCACCGCCUUCUACGUGGUCGAGUGCAUCGCCAUGAGCAACAGCAUGAUCAACACUGUGUGCUUUGUGACAGUCAAGAACAACACCAUGAAGUACUUCAAGAAGAUGAUGCUGCUGCAUUGGCGUCCCUCCCAGCGGGGGAGCAAGUCCAGCGCCGAGCUUGACCUCAGAACCAACGGGGUGCCCGCCACAGAAGAGGUGGACUGUAUCAGGCUGAAGUGACCCCCUGGUGUCACACAACAGAAAACCCCAGUCCAGUACUCAAAGCAUCACCCACCAUCAACCAAGUUCAUAGGCUGCAUGGGAAGUGACAUCUGUGUUCAUGCCUCCCCCAUGCCCUCAAGAAGCCCAACACUGCAAAGUCAUAACAUACAAUGACACUAGACAUGAACCAAAUCAGCUGACAUUUACUGACAUCUGCUCGACACCUGCUGUGUCCACAGUCCCAACAAGGAGAUUAGACACAAGGAGCAGCAACUGACAUGGACUGAACACAUACUGUGUGCAAACCACACCAAUGAGAUUAGACAGGGACAGCAGGAGCUGACAUUUACUCAUUACCUACUGUAAUCAAAAACAUUUGAUUUGAUUACAAUCAAAAACAUUUAAAAACAUAACAAAAUGGCAGAAGCUAUUGGAGUCCCCAAGAUAUCUCCAGAUAUAUAGAUAGUUCACCCUCCAUCUUCCCUAAUUCUGUAUCUUAUCAGUGCAGGAAUAUCAAAAGGCUACAGGCCAGGCAUGAUGGCUUACGCCUGUAAUCCCAGCACUUUGGGAGGCUA